GUGUCUACGAAUGAAGGGACAGUUUGGAUUCUCAUGUUCUGUUUGAAUGUAAAAACAGAAAAACUUGUUUUCAUGAGCACACAGUAGUUAUAGUUAUAGUUCACCUGUAGCCACAUUCAAUUUAACAGUUGUUUACACAUAUUAAUUACUUAUUAAUCUGGGGUUCAGAAACUUAAGAGAUUCAAAAUGAAAAGUCCAAAACAUGUUGACGACCCAACAGUUUCAACCAAGAAGAUAUAAUCCUUGAUUUAAUAUUUUGAAAUGUUUUUGGAAAAUGUCUCAUAUAACUUGUAUUGUCAUUGUUAGUGCUGCUGCUCUGGAGCAGUCAAAGACAACAGAGGAAGAACAGCUAAUGAAGUAUAAUAUAUAUAAACGUGUAUAUAAACCACUUCAGAUAUUUCUUCACGUCGGUUCAUUCCACUUGUUUUACUUUAUUUACGCCUUUAACAUUCAAACCAGUUGAGACAUUAAAUUACUUUUUAAUGUUUAAGAUAUUUAGAUGUUUCAGUGUCAUGAGAAGAUGAAGUGAACAAAUAGAUGGUUAAUAAUAAAUGAUCAUAUAAGGAGACUGAGGCUCGUUUUCUUUUCUUUGAAAUAGUUUAGAAUUAAGAUUAAUACCUUUUGAAGGACGGUUUUCAAUAGUCAGUAAUAGAAAACACUAUUUGACGAUGAUGAUUAAUAACAAUAACCCUAGACGGAUUUUCUUUAUUAAAAUAAAGUAACUUUGAAUUAAAGGAUCACUUGUACAAGUUGGUUCAUGCACGUGCACCGGAAGUGGGCAGUACGUUCACUGUGACUGUCUGCGCGUGCAGCUCGGACCUACUUCUCCGCGCGCUCGUGUGUCGGAGCAGCUCGAGACGCAGAUGAUCGGUUCGGUGACUUCCGGAGACGAGAGGCCGAAGUGACACGUGACUCUGUUAUUGUUUGUUUGUUUGUCAUCAACAACGUCCACGCGCCUGCUGCCGCUCCGCGCGCUCCUCCUGUGGCGGCGGACACGAUGCUCGCGCUCGCCUUCACGUGCACGGCGCUUCUCGUGCUCGUGCUCUGUGGAUCGAUUCAUUCCGACAGAUCAGCGCCCCUCCUGAUCACGGAGAACAUGUGGCCCCGCGGCUGUGUCCUGGACUGCCAGAGGGGGCGCCACCGAGCCGUGUGCGGCAGUAACGGCAGGUUGUAUAAAUCGAUGUGCGCCUUCCAGAGGGCGCAGUGCAUCAACACACAUCUACGUCUGGCUCCACGCGCACACUGCUCAGAUCGGACUCAGUCUAAAUGUCAGCUGGCUCGGGUUCAGGCGCUGGAGGCCAACACCCGCGGCAGCGGCAGCAGCAGCAGCAGCAGCAGUAGUCUUGUCAGUCAUGUCAGUCAUGUCAGUCAUGUCAGUGCUGCAGCUGCCAUGUUUGUUCCCGAGUGUCACCCCGACGGUCACUUCCUGCCAGUGCAGUGUCACAACCAGACCGGAUACUGUUGGUGCUCCACCCCGGACGGGAAACCUCUCAGCGGGACGUCCGUCCUCCACCUCAUCCCCAGCUGCUCCGAUCAUUUCCUCAAGAUGGAUCCAAUUAAAGAUGAAGCUGACGAACCGGGGCCGACGCUGGACCCCAGGAAACCUGCAGAGCUCACGGCUCCGCCCAUCUGGGUGACCAUCCUGAUGAACUCCGUCAGACGGCCCACAGACAGUCCUCAGACUUGUGAGCGUGAGCGAGCGGCGCUCCUCUCUCAGAUGCUUUCAGCCUGGCAGGAGGAGCGUUUUAUCCCAGAAUGCACUGCAGACGGCCGCUACAGCGCCGUGCAGUGUCACACUGCGACAGGUUACUGCUGGUGUGUGCGGGUCGAGAGCGGGCGGCCACUGUCAGGCACCUCUGCAAGGAAUCGUAUCCCAGACUGCACCGGGGCAGAGGAGGCUCCAGACAGAACCGACCGGAGGUUCAGGGACAAACCUCUGCCUGGAUGUCCUGGAGCUCGUAAGGAGCAGUUCCUGCAGAGUCUGAUCACAGCGCUGCAGCUGGAAGCAAAGCAUGCUGGGAGUCUGAGUCCCGACCAGGCUGCAAACACACCUCCUUCUAGUGCUCCCUCUCUUUUAUCAAACCCUCCAUCCUCCUCAUCACCCUCCUCCUCCUCCUCACCCCUGAACGUCGCUCCCGCUGCUGCCCCGGAGGCUGCGGACUCCUGCCCAGAGGAGGUGCUGCAGUGGCAUUUCACUCGGCUGGACGUGGACUCCAGUGGCGCUGCUGAGCGCCGAGGCUCGACCUGCUCAGUUCCUACGAGGUUGAAGCCGCGACGCUGCGCCAAGAAGUUCGUUCAGUACUGUGACAGAGACGGAGACCGAGGCCUGACGCUGGAGGAGCUGAGGGUCUGCCUGGUGCUCUGAGGUCGAAGAGACAAAUCACCCGAUGCCAAAGGUCGUUUCCUCUCCCUCCUCUUCAUCAAGUCACCGAAACGUCAUCCUUCACUUCCAGCUCGGAUUAACAGCUGAUCUUCAUCCAUCAUCUUCAUCACAGGAUGUUUUUCACUCGUCUUCCUUUUAUCGGUGUUACAGAUUCAUCAUUGUCGCUGCAAAGGUUCAACAUGACGAUCUACAUCCUGUCUCAUGUCACAAACUGUAUCUGUGUGGUCACAACACUUCUAAUUCAACUUUCAAGUAUUUAUUUCACACCUUGGUGAUAUUUGUUUGUGUUCAUGUGUUCAUUUGUGUCACUGAUGUUUCCGUCCCUCCUUCUCUGAAUCCGUCCCUUCUUUCCUGUCCUUCACCCUCCCUUCCUGUCUUUCCUGCCUCCUUCUGCACAACCCCUUCCAUAAACUCACUCGUCCUUGCUCCUUUCCUUCCUUUUCUUGACUCCUACCUCCUCCUCUCGGUUGCUUCUUCUGUGACAUCACUUCCUCUCUUCAGCCGUAAAGACUUUGAGGGGCGUCAGCAGUAAGUCUGAGGUCUCAGGACCUUCAUGCACACGGCGUCAUUUCAUCAUGAGGAGAAACCCAAACAUCAGUAAAUGAGGUUUUCAUCUCUUUAGUUAAACUUCAGACAGAAACUUUGUGUUUAUGAAACAGACGUUUAUUAAAUGAUCAAGGUUCAAACUUCCUCUAAUUCUGUUAUUUGAUUUUGACCUUUGACCUCAGAUCAUUUCUGUGACAAACCACUAUUGUUCGCCCCCACCCCAGGGUGUCAUCAGUCUGAUAGUAAACACAGCGCCCCCUGCGGUCUGUAGGGUCACAGGGUCAUGACGACACCUCAGGUACAGUGUAGACUGUAGAAUUACCCACAGUUCAUAGCGUCGUGAGUAACAAACCAAAUGACAACCAACCUGAACUUUGACAAGAACCUACAUGUUUUCAUCUCAGUAUAAACAAAGAGCAGUACAUGUUCUGUAAAGUACUUUGAUUGGUCAUCAAGACUAGAAAACCUCGAGAUAGAUACUCACUAUUUGUCAUAUUUUAUUUAGUUUUUCUGAAAAUGAAGUAAAUGAAUGAUCGUCCACUGUCUGGACAUCAGCUGUCAGUCAGUCUGUCCCUCCAGCGUUUUGUUCACGGACAAAGUAAAUAACUUCAGAUUAAAUUCCCUAACUUGACAAAUCACUCCACGUACUUUGGUGUCGUCAUGUUCUAACGUGGAGACAACUUUCUGUUCCUCCUCCUCCUCCAGUCUCAGUUCUUCCCUUAAUCCUUCCUCCUCCUCCUCCUCUUCAUCCCUUCUUUGUCUCUGUUGUAAAUAUUUGUUUCCCAUAUUGUAACACAUAUUUCCAGUUGAGUGGUAACAAACAGUUCUGAUCAUUUGUUUUAUACUUUAUAUUUGAGACACUUCAGAGUUUGUUUACUGACGCGAUGACUUGAGUCGUCUGUAGUUUCCUGUUUUUGAUGCAACGUCCUGAUUUUUGUAAAUGUGAUUUUAAUGAAA